AUGGAGAGUGAAUUAACUGGAACCAAUCAUAAAGCUGUUUAAGGUUGCGAUUUGAUAAUCAUGGGCAGGAACCCCUUUAACAGUAAUUAAUUGAACCAUAAGAACCCAAAAUACAAAUGGAAGGGUUUUUCGAAAAAAUUAAGAAUUAAUUUAAUGAUCUGCUUUAACCAUCUGAUAAAGAAGUUGAAUAAAGGAUCAUUUAUUUAAAUAGGUCUAUCCUCAAAAUAAUUUGCCAAAUAUAGUAAAAAACCAAAAGUACUAUAUUUUGCCAUUUAUGGUGCUCUAUCAAUAGUUUAAAUUUUGUUAAUCACGCUAUCAUAAUUUAUUCCUAGCUUAAAGUAGGAUUUUUAUUUAGUUAUGUUGCUCCAUUUACAUUCGUAUUGA